CUAAGCGACCGAAUAACAUUUAUUUUAACAUUACAGUUACAUUACGACACCUAUAAUCAUAAUAAUGACUUUAUAAUUCUCAGAUGUGUUCAGAUGUCAUUUCCGCUUGGUUGUCGGGUGACAGAAUCAUAAUAAAUACAUUACACAUGCCCUGCCCCCUAAUAAAUAAAUGAAAUUAAUUGUAUACAUUUCUACUUCUAAUAACUAGUAGUAGUACUAGUCUAGUAGUUAUGUAGUAGUUAGUAGUUCUACGUUUGUAGACACUACACUACUAGACUACUAGUACUAGAAAUACUACUAGAUCUACUAAGAGUGAGACUAAGAACUAGUAGAUCUAGAAAUCUAGUUAAAGUGACUGCUUGACUAAAUCAUGGGAAAGUUGAAAACCUUUGAGAUAUCCUUUGGUAAUGGAAGCGGUGUGUACUAUCCUGGGAAUGCAGUGGAUGGUCAUGUUACUGUAGAACUUACAGAACCAAUGAAAAUGAAAGGGAUACGAUUACAAUUUGAUGGAUCAGCCUUCGUUAAAUGGGCUAAUGAAACACUUGUACCUAGAUUUUUCACUUCGACUGAAAACUAUUUUCACCAGGAAAGUCUCGUUUUCGGCCCAAAUGAAGGCAGUGAAACAAAGGAACUACCAUCAGGCAGACACACCUUCCCUUUUCAGUUCAUCCUACCACUUGGACUCCCAUCAUCAUUUGAAGCAAUAUAUGACGCAGGGACUUCUUAUGUUAGAUACUCUGUGUCCUGUAACAUUGACGAUCUCGACAAUGGGAUCAUGAGACCAUUUACAGUCAUUUCUCUUUUGGAUUUGAACCAGCAUCCUGAGAGCAUGGCAAUAAAUUAUAUCUUUCUUACACUAUAUAUUCUUGUACCAUUUCUAUGGGAAAGUUUACAAGCUACCGAUCAGAUGCGUUUUACCAGCCUGUGCUGUAAAUCUGGACCUAUCCAAGCCACCUUUAAAAUUGAAAGACAAGGCUUUGUGCCAGGGGAGGCAAUUAAACUGUUUGCUGAAAUAAACAAUGGCUCUAAUGAAACUAUGGACGCAUAUGUGGACUUAUAUAUGAUAAGAACCUAUCAUGCCCAAGGAAGGUCCAGAAAUAAUGGGAUAAUAGCAGCUAGGGUGACAUGUCCACCCAUAGAAAAAUUUAGUGAGGACACUAGGACCGCGGAGCUAGUCAUCCCAGCACUGCCUCCUUCUUUUUUAACUGGUUGUAAUAUCAUUGACAUUCGCUAUUUGCUUCAGCUGACUGUUCGUCCAUUAGGACUUGGUCUAGGCCCACAUGUCCCCUUAGGAAUCAUUAUAGGCAACAUUCCCCAUGUGUCAGCAGCCCAGAUGUACCCACCUAAAUCACCCCCACCCCAGACAAUGGACAGGGUGCAUGCCUGGGGAACUGUCUCUUCACCCCCAAGCACUGAGCUACCACCAAGUGGUAUUCCUAACUUACCCCCAAUUUCAUAUGUUAGAUUUUGCCGCUACAAGGUUCCAGAAGAAGGAGAUGAUGAACACACAGCAUUAUACAUGCCAGUCUAUCCCUACUACAAUUUUGGACACACACCAGUAAAGGUGCAAAAUUUUAGAUUUUAGACUAUAAAAAUGUGUCACUUUUGGUUUCAUCUCUUUCCUGUUUUUAAUGUUGGUCUUUUUUUUUUUUAAAUUUUAAUCAAUAUAGUUUUAAACUAUUUUUAUAAAUUUAUAAUAUGAUAUUCUCUGUUGAGCAUCCCCUAACAUUCAUUAUUAGACAAAUUAUGUAUAAAACUGAAAAUACUUUAAAUAUUUGAAGUAUCAUUUAAAAUCUUAAUCUUAUAGACAAUGAUUUUUAUACUGUAAUACAGCUAGCAUACUACAAAUAAUGAAACAACGUAUAUACCCCUACUAUCAGCACCCUGUUUUCCAGUGAUAUAAAGGGGGUAGGCAACAGUAAAAAAAAAAAAACUCUUUUAAUACAAUUUUUUUUCUACAGCUUUUUAAAGUUACAUUUGAAUAUGCAUUUCUACUAAAAAAAAUUGGUAAAAACAUUAAAUUUAAGACCCCUAAAUUCUCCAAAAUUUAGUGUUUUUACCGGUUCCAAAAUUUGAAAAUUUAUUAGAAAUUAUUUUGAAGAUCUGCCCUUAAAUUUUUAAGCUGAGUACCCCAAAAUAUGGUAGAAGAUUAUGAAUUCUUUGUUUAUUGGGCAUAAAAUGUAAUAUUUCAUGAAUUUUGGAAAUACUACAAAGAGGUUAUUUUUUUCAAUAUGGCCGCCGUUGUCAUAGUUACUAAAAAAAUUAUCAAUUUUUUUUUUUAGU